UUGCUGGAAAAGACCAGGCGCCGCGCACACGUGAUCGUCUCAUCCGGGUCUUCGCGUUCUUUCACACUCGGCCCAACAUGGCAGCCUCAGCUAAGAAGAAGAACAAGAAGGGGAAGACUUUGACCCUCACAGACUUCUUAGCCGAUGAGGGGAACACUAGCGGAGGUGUUAGUGGUGGUGGCGGGGGCGGCGGCGGUGGUGGUGGUGGUGGCGGCGGCGGCGGAGGAGGAGGAGGUCCCCCCACCUAUUCCCAAAAACCUGUCAGUUGGGCAGAUGAAACCGAUGAUUUGGAGGGCGAUGUCUCAACAUCAUGGCAUAGCAACGAGGAUGAUAUGUAUAGAGCCGCCCCAAUUGAUCGUUCCAUCCUGCCUACGGCUCCCCGAGCUGCACGUGAACCUAACGUGGACCGAAGUCGCCUCCCUAAAAGCCCUCCCUUCACUGCCUUCCUUGGAAAUCUUCCCUAUGAUGUGUCUGAAGAAUCCAUACAGAAGUUCUUCAGGGGACUCAAUAUAAGUGCUGUUCGCUUACCUCGUGAGCCCAGCAAUCCAGAGAGAUUAAAAGGAUUUGGUUAUGCAGAAUUUGAUGACUUGGACUCUCUUCUACGGGCUUUGAGUCUUAAUGAAGAAUCUCUUGGGAACAGAAGGAUAAGAGUGGACAUUGCUGAUCAGGCACAGGAUAAAGAUCGGGAUGACCGUUCAUUCGGCAGAGAUCGAGACCGCAAUAGAGACUCUGACAAAACAGAUUCUUCUGAUUGGAGGGCACGUCCCAGCACGGACACUGGUGAUGAUUAUCCUCCUCGCCGCGGAGAUGAUAGCUUUGGAGACAGAGGGUAUCGUAGUGACCGAUAUGAAUCGGAUCGGUAUCGGGAUGGCCCUCCCCGUAGGGAUGGUGACCGCUAUGAUCGUGACAGAGGAAGAGAUCGUUAUGAUGACCGUGAUCGCAAAGAUUUUGAUAGAGGUUAUGAUUCCCGUGGAGGCAGUAGCAGGAGAGCAUUUGGCACUGGGUACCGUCGUGAUGAUGAUUACAGAGGAGGAGGUGGUAGUGGUGGAGAUCGAUAUGGUGAUAGGUAUGAUGACAGGCGCGAUGACAAAUCGGACAAGUGGAAUGGUUACUCCCGAAGUGACGACAGCAGCAGCAGGAGGGAAGAACGAGGUCCUACCCAGAGGCCAAAGUUGAUCCUCAAACCUCGUACUGCUCCCAAAGAGGAAGAAACCAGUGGAGUUCCUGCAGCAUCCACUCGAGCAGCCUCCAUUUUUGGUGGCGCUAAACCCGUGGACACUGCUGCUAGGGAACGUGAGGUAGAGGAACGGCUGCAGAAAGAGCAGGAGAAAAUGCAGCAUCGUCAUUUGGAUGAUGAUAGACCUCGACAGAUAGAGAGGAAGCCGAGGGAAAGACAUCCAAGUUGGCGCAGUGACGAAAACCAAGAACGGUCUAGGACUGGAAGCGAGUCUUCUCAAACGGGCAACAGUGGAUCAUCAACAAGGAUCUCACGAAGAAGGGAAAGUGAGAAGUCUGUGGAGAAUGAAGUCUUUGGAAAAGAUGAGGAAUCUCCGAACUCAAAAUCCCCCAAAUCUGAUUCCCAAGUCCCAUUAAAAGUCAUGCCUGCGCCUCCGCCUAAGGAGAAUGCAUGGGUGAAACGUAGUACAGCACCUCCUCCCUCUCGCUCCCUCAGUUCAGAAUCCUCUCAAAGCGGAGGAGAAAGAUCUCAUGAUUCUGAAAGGCAUCCUGGGACAGGUCAAAGAGGAGGAGAUGAGAACAAAGAAGGUUCAGAGCAUGCAUCAAAGACUAGUGGUCACAACAUGGGAGAUCGCAGCAGGACAGCUGAUAGUGAAAUGAGCACAUCCCCAACAUGUGAACAUUAUUCUGAUCUUGAAGGUGGAGAUGAUUCAGAGAUAAGGAAAGAAAGGAAGGAUUCAGAUUCAAAGGUAAUACCGGUGACAAAGAGAGAGGAAGUGCAGGCAGCUAAAUUUAGCCAAGAGAGUAAGUACGCAGCUUUGUCUGUGGAUGGGGAAGAGGAGGCCGAAGAAUACGCCGACUAACCUGGGGAAUAUCUGUGUCCAUGGAUUCCUUACUCCCUCUCAUUUAAUCUCCCAUGCGCCCUAUUCCACGAGGGUUAUUAUUGGCAAAAUCCAGAGCAAGAAAAGCAUCACCCCUUUCCGGCUCGGUCCCCCUCAGAAAUCAGACAAGCAAUUCAGCCAUAACUCCUCAGACAAUGAUCUUCAGUUAGAAACACAAUGAGCUGUUUGUUCUCUUGCAUGCUGCUGCAGCUUUUACCAUGUGUGCGUGAGUUAGGAGGGGGCGUAAAGGCAAUGUGUGGCAGAGGGUCUCUAUUGCAGAUGAUGCUUUCACCAGGAAGGGGAAAUCUACAAAAUGAAUGCUUAGUAUUUGAAAUGCUUCCCAAACUGCCUCUACCCUGUUGUAUAAAAGUUACAUUUUUUUAUGCCAGUGAAUUAAUUGAUAUUUAAGGAAUUAAGAUAUCCUAUUUAGGUGGCUUCCAGGGCUGCUAUUUUUAAGGUCAUUCUCCAGCAUAGAAAAUUGGUCUAGAAUUGACUUGCUGGAAGUGAAUUAAGAGAAUAUUACUUCUUUUAGCACAGUAUGGUUCUACAAAUUGGAUGAAAUUUCUAUGAAGCCCUAAUUUGCAGCUUCAGUAGUGAAAAGGAGGUCUUCAGAUGCAUGGUUUGCACACGCAAUAGAGCAGUCGCCGUAAACCUUUCAUCCCAGUGUGCCAGAGAUGAUCAGUAAGGUACACCAGCGGAAACCUGUAUAUCCAUUUAUUAGACUCCCCCCUCAGGCUUUGCGUGAUGCUGUGGAUUUCAAGGAGACUGCUGUAGCGGUGAGCUUUUUGUCUGUAGGAUGUUUUAUUUGUUUUAUAUAUAAAGUACUUGGAGCAAGCAGUGUUUGCGCGGCAUGUUGCAUCCAGACACUGCUUUUCACACUUGGCAAGUCCCAAAUUCUGAUGAGUACUCUGUCCUUUACCACCCCUUCAUCCGGCCUACCCUAAUUUAUAACUGAUGUGCAUCGAGAAGCUGUGUUCCUGUCUGUCUCACUUGGGCCAGCUUAUCAUACUUUCAUUUAACAUUUUACACUUCCACAGAAGUGUGAUACGAAGAAAAAUAUAUAAUAAAAACUUGUAAUGAUUUGUAAUCUGCUUUCUGGGAGAUGUUUUAUUAUCAUGUAAAGUACCCUACCAGCCCUCUUAUUUUUUUUUUCUUUAUUUUUUUUCUUCUGUUUAUCAGCUCUGUCCCCCCUCAAAUAAACUAAUCUUUAAAAUA